AUGGCACUUUCCCCCUUGUCGCCAUCACAUGGCAAUUCUCGCGUACGAUAUUCAUCUCCUGCUGCACAUGUCACGCCGUCUACUGUGCUACGUCGUCGAGGCAUCGAUGAGAUAAUGUCGUCCACAGACCAGCACGACAAAGAGAACGCUUCGCCGAAGCCUGCAAAACGGGCUCUUUACUCAUAUGAUGGAAGUGCAGAUGACUAUGAUGACACAUAUGAUUAUGAAUUGAAACAUUCUGCUACUACUACUGCUGCUACUGCUGCUGCCCACAGCAGUAAUAGUAUUACCGAGUAUGGUGGUGGUGAUGGUGAUAUGACAGAAGACCUAAACCUCAAUGCCGGUCCACCGAGUUCACCAUUCCAGAUUGACGCCCGCGAUGAUACGGUUGAUAUGAACAGAUUGCAGGCGAUGACAAUGUCGACAUCGCGGCGGACGUUGCCGGAGAAAAAGCUGGGUCCGGAAAUUUAUAUCGACGAAGAAGACCGACUUGACGGCGAGUUUGAUCACAACGCGCAAAACUUUGUACAGAGCAAGGCCUACGAAACUGCACCUGAAAUGUCCGAAAUUGACAAUGCUGCCGCCAAGAGUUAUGAUUGUGACGACCAAAAUGACGAUGGUGAUAGUGUGAUCCAGAACGAGUCAAAACCGAUGGAAACCCCGCAAAUUGGUAACAGCAUUAUGGAAGAGCGGCUUAACGAAGAAAUGAGCACUGUUGCACACCUUGUCUCUGACGAUGAGCCUAACGCAAAGAUCAAUAAUAAUGAUCCACACGACAACGAUCCAAUGGACGAUACCUGCUUCAGCACAUUUUCGGCCGUUCCGAACGUCGACAUGACCCUUUUUGCUAAACUGGGAGCUUCGCCAACAAAGAAAAUUGUAGAGUCACCUGCAGUCUCCAGAACUCCCGCCUAUGCUCGACGAUCGAAGGUAUCUACACCGGCUACGGCGCAUAGGCGAGGAUUCAUCGAUAAUGCCGAUACCUCUCCAACUCCGCAGAGGAGGGGUCACCCCAGUCACGACGACAGCAUGAAUCUCCUUGACUUCUCUGAUUCUGUCAACUAUUUUCAACGAGUGUCGCAACGCUUUUCGAUGUCCGGAAACCGAGCUUCAAUGUCUCCUAGACGGCGAUCGCCUUUCAAACCUCGCGAGUCUAUGCGCAGCCCUGCAAAGUACAAUCUGCUUGACUUUGACAUUCCGCCACCGGCAACUCCGAUGUCAAUUCCUUCUAUCACACCUCGCGAGCUCGAAUCCUUAAAGUCCGGAUUUCUAUCCGAGAUUUCCUCGCUCAAGGCUACCGUCAGUGGCAAAGAAGCCGAGGUAUCUAGCCUGAAGCAAGCCGUGGCCGAUGCAGAACGUCGCGUGGGGGAAGCACUUGAGGAGGUCCGUAACGAGGCUAUUAGGAAGGAGGCUCUCGAAGUGGAACAGGCUGAAUGGGAGCGACGCGGGAAAGAAAUGGAGACAGUGCUGCGUGAAGUUAGAGCGGAGAUAAUCGACGGGGAAUGCGAACGGGAACGCCUAACCAAGAAGAACGAGGAAGCGGAGAGACUCAAGGAGCAACUCGAAGGCAAAAUUGUUGAACUCGAAAGCCAACUCGAUGCUGCUGAAAAGGCGGCAGCCGCCAACCCCGUCGCCAAUUCAGCAUCAGAAGGUGACAUUUAUGGAAACAACAGCAAUCAGGGAAUGAUGACAGCAGAGCAGUCUGCAAAAGAAGUCCAAGAGGCCGUGGAAAGGGUUGCACGCGAACUACACACGCUAUACAAGGGCAAACACGAGACGAAAGUAGCAGCUCUGAAGAAGAGCUAUGAGGCUCGAUGGGAAAAAAGAGUCCGCGAAGCCGAGAACAAACUCCGCGAAGCCUCGGAAGAAGUUGAGCGACUCAAGACGGAGCGCGAUGCAAGCAUGUCCGGUCCUCUCAUCAACCCGAACAUGAGCGUGCUAAGCGCCGCCAUCGGGGGUGGACGCGAAAACGAAGAACUUGAGACGGAAAAUAAGGUUCUGAGUGCGCAAAUCAAGGGCCUCGAGGAACAGUUGGCGGUGAUCAAGAAGGAUAACGAGCAAUUACAUGCGGAACUGAAAGUUGAGCGUUCCGAGAAGGGCGAAUUAGUCGCUGCUGUUGAUGAGUGGUUGGCCAUGCAACAACAAGCUCAAACCGCUCCUCUUCCUCCUUCUGCAAACUCACGAGAAGUCUCGAAUUCAUCCUCUUACUAUAUUGCGAGUGAACAAGAAGCCCCCCCUUCCUCAUCCUCUAACAAUACCCAUAAAAAGGAUGACCAAACCCAAGCCCAGCAACCAAACACAUUCAGACGCAGCAUCAGUCGCUCCAGCACUACCAGCAGUCUCCGCCCGCCAUCAUCCGGUAACAGCAGCAAUAGCAACAACGAAAAACGAAGCCGUCUGAGCAUGUACAGCGGUAGCAGUAGCAGUGGAGGAGGACACACGCGACACAACAGCGGUGGUGGAAAUGGGCGCUCAAUCGCCAUGCCGUCGUCUUCGGCUGGUAGUACUACUGCGACACCGGGACGAAGUGGGAUUAUGAGCUCGAUUGAACGCAUGGGUAUGGGAGGAAGGUAG